GCGAGGUGAGCGCGAUGGACGGCGAGGCAUGGACCAGUGGAAUCAACGAGGCGGGUAAGAUGGCCCUGCUGGCCUGGGAGAAGGAGACGGGCAUCGAGCUGGUGCAAGUCAACGGGCAGAGGCGCUACGGAGGGCCCCCCCCAGGCUGGGUGGGCGGCCCGCCGCCGGCCGGCACCGAGGUGUACAUCGCCAGGCUGCCGCAGGACGUCUACGAGAACACGCUGAUCCCGCUGUUCGGCAGCGCGGGGAAGCUCUACGAGUUCCGCCUCAUGAUGACCUUCAGCGGGCUCAACCGCGGCUUCGCCUACGCCAGGUACGCCUCCCGGCAGGACGCCCGCAGCGCCAUCGCCGCCUUCCACCGCUUCCAGCUGCGCCAGGGCUGCGCCAUCGUGGUGUGCUGGAGCACGCAGAAGCGCGAGCUCGUCAUCAGCGGCCUGGGCGCCUCGGUGAGCCGGCAGGAGCUGGAGGCCACGCUGCACAGGGUCACUGAGGGCAUCUGUGGCGUCACCCUGCACGCCAGCCCCUCCCAGAAACAGGCCAAGCUCGCGGUGCUGAGGUACAGGUCGCACGAGGCUGCUGCCCUGGCCAAGAAAGCCCUGAUGGAAGGGAACCUGAGGCUCGGGGAAGCAAAGAUGAGGGUGGACUGGCUGGACCCCCAGCUGAAGCAAAAGCUGCAGCUGGGUGAGGAGGAGCCAUCGUCCAGCUGGAUGCAGGGGGGUGAGAGCCCAGCGGUGCCCCUGCCUCUGUCACUGCGGAACGUCCUGGAGCACCUGAAGAUGCUGUGCUGGAAGCAUCACCUGAGGACACCCCUGUUCAUGACCAAGUGUGUCCAGGUGAACCCCAACGGGUGGCAGCGGUUCUGGUACCAGGUGGCCAUCCCGGGGUCCCACGUGCCCAUCAGCGGCUUCAUGUGGAUCUCACCAGACAGGCAGGGCCAGAGCGAGCACGAGAGGGCCAAGGUGGUGGCAGCCCUGCGCGUUCUGCGGCUGUUGGGGUGCCAGCUGGAGUAGGCAGCUGCUCUGCCACAGCCACGACUGAGCCCGAGCCCCGCUGGGCUCCCAGCCCUGUUCCAGCUUUCCUUGGAGUUGUUUGCAUCGGUUUUGAGAGCUGGCUCUGGAGGAUAAGUGCUGCUGUCCUGGUCCAUGGCAGCCCCCCUGUCCCCGGGCAGCCCUUGAGUUGGUUCUAGUUUUGGGUUGUUGGUUUUCCUGUUGCCGAGUUUGGCUCCUGUUAAGCCGGUUUGUGUUGCGUUGGAGGGGCAGAUGCUGGAGAAGCAGCAGCAGCUCUUGGAGGGGCUGCCAGCACUGGAUGGAGGGAAUUCCUCCACUGGCAUUCCUGGCUCCUGAGGAGCAGCCUCAGGGGAGGACAGGGCCACACAGAGGGAGUGUCCCAGUGGUCACAGAUGCGCUGUGGGCUGGUGGAGCUGCUGUGUGGGGAGGGGAGGGCCUGUAACCUGUUGGCAUAGUGAGGAAGCAGCUGUGGGGUUGGCAGCUGCC